AAAAAGUAUCCUUUUCUCUUAUAUUGAUCAACCAACCUAUAUGCGUAGUUUAGAACUUUUGGGACAAACAUCCUCCAAAGUCACUAGCGCUGACAUUGAAGGUCGCUCUCUUAUUACUACUGAUCCUGAAUCUUUGACAGUUUAUGUGGCAUUUCAAGAUCUCAAUGAUCAAAUCCGUGUCGCUGCUACUGACUUGGCACCUGGUGAUCCUACUGCCUUUGUAGAAAUUGGUCGCUGCCCCGGUACUUCUAUUGUCAGCUUCACUUUCUUGGCAGAUCAAAAAGUUGCUUGUCUUUGUACAUAUAAUGGCGAUAUCAUUCUUUUUAGUAAAGAGCGUUUCGAGAAUGGGCAGGAAGCUAUGGAGGUAAUGGGUUCUGUUGAUUCUGGUAUUCAUGCCAUGAGUUGGAGUCCCGACCAGGAUUUAGUUGUUUUGGUGACAGGUGAAAAAAAAGUGUUGGAAAUGACUCAAGACUUUGAUACAAUCACAGAAUUCGAACUUCAUGUCGAGAACCAAGGUGAAGGUGUCCAACACAGUGUAGGCUGGGGUAAAAAAGAAACACAAUUUCAUGGAUCAGCAGGAAAACAAGCAGCUCAACAAAAAGUGGACGCUAGUAAAUUCACUACUUCUGACGAUGAUGAUUCCAAACCACGUAUAGCUUGGAGAGGAGAUGGUAGCUUCUUUACUGUAUCUGAUAUUGAUCCCAACAGAUCUGCUCGCGUUAUUCGUGUCUAUAACCGUGAAGGUACAUUGCAAAAUACAAGUGAACCUGUAGAUAAACUAGAACAUACUUUGGACUGGAGACCAUCCGGUAAUUUGAUUGUAUCAAGUCAACGUCUUCCUCAUCGUCAUGACAUUGUCUUUUUUGAAAGAAAUGGUCUUCGCCAUGGUGAAUUUACCUUGAGAGAAACCCGUGAUGUAAAGCAAAAGGUGUUGGAAGUGACAUGGAAUGCUGAUUCUACUAUUCUUGCUGUAUGGAUUGAAUCUGAAGGACAAAAGACAGUUCAACUCUGGACUUCCAAGAACUACCAUUGGUAUAUGAAGCAACACAUUGUUCUUUCAGAAGGUAGAGACAUUGUUGGUUUUGCUUGGGAUGUUGAAAAUUCUUUGCUUGCCCAUUUGUUUACAAGCACUGGUGAUUAUCACCGCCAUUUAUACACAUGGGAUGUGUUUACCAGCACUUCUAUUGAUGAGUCUAAUGCUGGCUAUGUUGCAGUGAUUGAUGGGUCUCAAUUGCUUAUGACACCUUUUGCUUACAUGAAUGUUCCUCCUCCUAUGAGUGCUUUGACUAUUGCUACUCAGGGUGAUGUGCAAUAUGUUGCAUUUGGUCCUGAUGCUGCAGGUCUGAAGUUGGCUGCUCUUACUACUUCCAAAAUUCAAUUGUUUGAUCUUCCUCUUAAAGGACUUGGUGAUGCUUCACUUCUUGGCGAAUUAGCCUUGCCUGAGGUUACUGCAAGCAAUGAUUCUUAUGCCAAGAAUCCCAUCCGUCAAUUAUGCUGGAUUGAUGAAACCCAACUUGUCUACUGUCAAUAUGAUGAAGAACUGCAACAAGAUAUGUUCUGUGUUGCCAACUUCUCUUUGGACAACAAGGAAAUGACAGUAAACUCAACCCCUUUUGAUGGAAAGAUUGGUCACAUUUACUUUAAUGUCACUCAAAAAGACCUGAUUGUAGAGGGCAUAAAUGGUUCUGUCUACAAUGUUGAAUUGGAAGACAAUUUGCCUAUGAUCAGCAAAAUUGAACAAUUCUCUGAUUUCUGUCCCUGGAUUGCCACUGCCCGUGCUGGCUUGCCUAUAGAACAAACAGAGCGUGUUGUUAUUGGUUUGACUAAUCGUAGUAAACUAUACAUUAAUGACAAGCUUGUUUCUUCAGAAGCCACUUCAUUCUUUAUCCGCGCCAAUUGGUUAGUUUUCUCCACUACUUCUCACUCUGCUCGAUUCUUGGCCUUGGAUAGUGCCUCUGUUGAAAAUCUCAAGUUAUCUGAUGAAAGCAAUGAUGCUUAUGAUGAAACUUCUAGACGUCUUGAGCGUGGCUCCAAGAUUGUCAUGGCCACUCAACAUAAGCCUUCUCUUGUACUUCAAAUGCCCCGUGGUAAUCUUGAAACAAUCAGUCCUCGGGCUUUUGUUUUGGCUACUAUUCGUGAAGACUUGAAGAACCUUGACUUCCGCUCUGCUUUUAUUGCCUGUAGAAAGAACAGAAUUGACUUGAACAUUCUCUAUGAUGAUAGCCCUGAACGUUUUGUUGCUAAUGCUCGCACUUUUGUUGAACAAGUCUCUGAAGUUGACCACCUCAAUUUGUUCUUGUCUAACCUUAGAAACGAAGAUACUUUGGUGACCAUGUAUCGUCGUGGUGGCCGUACUGCCGAUCAAUUAACCACUGCUGUCGGUGUAGAAAACAAAGUCAACAGCAUUUGUGAAUCCAUUCGUAAUGUCUUGUUUGACCUUGGUCGCGAUCACUACAUUCAAUCCAUUCUUUCUACUUAUGUUAGAAAAUCUCCUCCAGAUAUCGAAUCUGCCAUGUCGCUUUUAUCUGAACUUCGUGAGACUGACUUACAUGCUGCUGAAGAUGCCUUAAAGUACACCAUUUUCUUGUGUAAGGCUGACUUGUUGUAUAAUGUUGCUUUGGGAAUGUACAACUUCCCUCUUGUCCUCAUGGUGGCUCAACAAGCACAAAUGGAUCCUAAGGAAUACCUUCCUUUCUUGCAAGAACUCAAGAAUCUCGAAAAGUACUAUCAACGUUACAAGAUCGAUGACCACUUGAAGCGUCAUGAAAAGGCUAUCAGAAACUUGAGCAUGGCUGGUGAUGAACAUUUUGAUGAGUUGCUUGAAUACAUGCAAAAGUACUCUCUUUAUCAUAUCGCCAUUGAAGAGUUUGCCAGCAAGAAGCAACAAAAAUUGGCCAUUCUUGAAGUAUAUGGUGCUCAUCUUGAUUUCAAGACCAAUUAUGAAGAAGCUGGUAUUGUUUACACCAUGGCUGGUAACUCUGCCAAGGCUUUGGAGUCUUACCGCAUGGCUGGUUGUUGGAGAGAAGCUUUCUCUAUUGCUAAACAAUUAAAGUACUCGGAUGAAGAAAUUCACUCAAUGGCGUAUGAUAUCAUUGAAUACUUGAAAGAAAAGCGUCGUUUCCAAGAAGCCGCUAUGGUUGCUCAAGACUAUGCCAAGGAUGUUGAAGAAGUAGUUGAUUGUCUCUUGAAGGGUAGUCUUUGGAAAGAAGCUGAGCGUAUUUCUUAUACUUACAACCGUCCUGAUUUAAUUGAGACACACGUCAAACCUGGUUUAGUAGAAGGCUAUACACAAAUGGACGAUGAUAUUGAUGAGAUGAUGGCUCAAUUCCAUAAGCAAAGUGCUCGUCUUGUCGAAUUGCGUACUCGCAAGCCAGAACAAGCAGUAGAAAACCCUAUGGCAAAUGAUGAAUCAUUGGAUAACAUUGAUAUGUUCUCAGAUACCACUUCAAUGUAUAGUCAGUUCACAAGAUAUACAAAUGCUUCUUCUCGAGUGUCAUCUGUCUCUUCUCAAGGUUCAGCAAAGACUAGAAAGACAUCCAAGCUUAGAAAGAGAGAAGAACGUAAGAGAGCACGCGGUAAGAAGGGUACUGUUUUUGAAGAAGAAUACAUUGUCAAUUCUAUCAAGAAAUUGAUCGAAAAGGCCAGUAAUAUGCAAACUGAACUUGGUAACCUUAUUCGUGCACUUGUUCCAUUUGAAUACGUUGAAGAAGCUAGAGCUAUCCAAGUCAAAUUUGAAAAGGCUAUUCAAACACUUGAUGCAUGCAAAGACACUGUCUUUGUUCCAUUACAAUUAGCUGUGAGCUUGUACGCAACACUUGAAGAAUUUGAAGAGGCCAAGAACAACCCAAAGAUUAUAGAAAAGCCUGUGAUUGCCAAGGUUGAUUGGAAGUUACAGUUGUUGUAAAAUGCUUUGUUAAAUAUGUAUAAAAUAAAUUUUCUUUUACGUUACACUGAUAA